CUUAUCUUAUCUACUUAAUUGAAAAUAAAAACCAAUAUGACAGUUCAAUCCGUAUAGUAUGACUCUAACCUCAAAAAUGUCAUCAAUCGAAUUUGAAUUGGAAAAAAGUUAUGGUUCAAAAGAUGUAAACAAUCCAAAACGAAUCUUUUCCACCGCUGGAAAAAUUCUAAUUGGUUUAACUGGUUGUUCAGCGAUUGGACUUAGUGUGAUAUGUUUACCAUUUGUGGCUCCAGCAUUUCGAAAGUAUUGUUUGCCAUUUGUGCCAGCAACAAACAAUCAAAUCGACAACAUUUUUAAGCUGUUAAAAAGAAAUACAAAUGAGAGACUUCUAGAUAUAGGAUCGGGAGAUGGCCGGAUAGUCAUUGCGGCCGCAAAAAAUGGUUUAACAGCCGAUGGAGUUGAAUUGAAUACUUGGCUGGUUCAAUAUUCACGUUUAUCAGCUUUAUACAAUGGAGUAUUUAAACAAACCAGUUUCUACCAAAAGGAUUUGUGGAAAUUUGAUGUUUCACCGUAUAAGUACAUUGUUAUAUUUGGCGUUGAACAAAUGAUGACAGAUCUAGAGAAGAAGCUACUAAACGAAGCGAAUAAAGAAUCCCAAGUAAUUGCUUGCCGAUUUCCAUUGCCAAAUAUUAAGCCGUGUCGAAUUGUUGGUGAAGGAAUUGACACUGUUUGGUUAUAUGAUUUCAAAAAGCAGCAAUCCCAGAAUUGAGAUAUAGUUGUCAAUAUAGUUCAUGUAAAAAUUGUUUAUAUUUCAAAAACGAUGGAAAUGAAAAUGUAAAUAAAUGUUGAUGAUUAAUACAAAAAA